UGGCAGACGUCGAAAGGGUUUAAGCACAGCGCAGAGGUUCCUUCAAAUGGUGGUUCUCCGGCACCCCGGCGUCGGCAUUGCCCUCCAUGCUCCGCCUUCUCCUCCACUCCCCCGCCGCAUUAGGCCGCCCUCCAAGCUCCACCGCCACCACCACGCCGUCACCUGCUCCGCUAGCAAAUGGGCCGACCGACUCCUCGCCGACUUCCAGUUCACCACAUCCGACUACUCCGCGGCGUCCGCCUCCUCCUCCUCCUCCUCCGCCGCCGCCACCCUCUCCCCUCCGCUCGGGCCUCCCCAGCUCGCCCCUCCCGAGCGCCACGUGUCCGUCCCCAUCGACUUCUACCGGGUCCUCGGCGCCGAGCCGCACUUCCUCGGCGACGGCAUCCGGCGAGCCUACGAGGCUAGGGCUUCGAGGCCGCCUCAGUACGGCUUCAGCCCGGAGGCUCUCAUCAGCCGCCGCCAGAUCCUCCAAGCCGCCUGCGAGACCCUCGCCAAUCCUAGCUCCCGGAGGGACUACAACCAAGGCCUCGCCGAGGACGCGAAGGAGACGAUCCUCACGCAGGUCCCUUGGGAUAAGGUUCCAGGAGCUUUAUGCGUGUUACAAGAGUCAGGGGAGGCCGAGUUGGUGCUUCGGAUUGGGGAGGAUUUGUUGAAGGAGAGGUUGCCUAAGGGUUUCAAGCAAGACGUCGUGUUGGUGAUGGCGCUUGCUUAUGUUGAUAUGUCGAGGGACGCUAUGGCAUUGAACCCUCCAGAUUUCAUUGGUGGCUGCGAGGCGCUGGAGAGAGCUCUGAAGCUUUUGCAGGAGGAAGGGGCAAGUAGCCUUGCGCCAGAUUUACGAUCACAAAUUGAUGAUACGCUGGAAGAGAUUACUCCACGGUGUGUAUUGGAACUUCUAGGAUUGCCUCUUGGUGAUGAGUACAAGACAAGGAGGCAAGAGGGACUUCAUGGUGUGCGUAACAUAUUAUGGGCUGUUGGGGGAGGUGGAGCAGCAGCAAUUGCUGGGGGAUUCACCCGUGAAGACUUUAUGAAUGAGGCCUUUCAGCGAAUGACAGCUUCUGAGCAGGUGGAUCUAUUUGCUGCCACACCUGGUAACAUUCCAGCAGAAAGUUUUGAAGUGUAUGGUGUGGCGCUUGCACUUGUGGCUAAUGCAUUUGUUGGUAAGAAACCUCAUCUCAUCCAGGACGCCGAUAACCUGUUCCAACAACUUCAGCAAACUAAAGUAGCCUUAGGGAAUGCUGCCUCUGUGUACAUUCCAAGAGAAAACCGGGAGAUAGACUUUGCUCUGGAGAGGGGUCUCUGUUCACUCCUUGUAGGGGAGCUUGACGAUUGUCGCUCAUGGUUGGGCUUGGACAAUGUGAACUCACCUUUCAGAGAUCCAUCUAUAGUAGACUUUGUCUUGGAAAACUCGAAGAAUGAUGAAGACAACGAUCUUCCUGGCCUUUGUAAAUUGUUGGAGACAUGGUUGAUGGAAGUGGUUUUUCCUAGAUUUAGAGAUACCAAGUAUAUUCAGUUCAAGCUGGGUGAUUACUAUGAUGAUCCUACUGUUCUCAGAUACUUGGAGAAGCUUGAAGGAGGUGGUAGUUCGCCCUUAGCAGCAGCAGCAGCUAUCGCGAAAAUUGGGGCUGAAGCGUCUGCAGUUAUUGAUAAUGUUAAAGAUAGCGCUAUCCAGGCACUGCGGAAGGUGUUUCCUCUGGGUCAUAGUAAAGAGGAUACUGGACUUCAGGAAGAUAUGGGACCCGAUUACUCAAUUCCUUCUUCAGAAUCUAUGGAGCCUUUCAGAAGUCCUGAUGGGGACGAUCUUGCCAACAUAAGUGAGGCUUCUGGAAAAGAUGAUUUAGUGUCAGAAAAAGAUGGAUAUUCAAUUACAGACAAUAUCAAAGAUGCCAGUGUUAAGAUUAUGUGUGCUGGAUUGGUAAUUGGGGCAAUGACAUUGGUCAGCUUAAAGUGUUUUCCAGCUAGGAGUGGCUCAUCUUUGCUUCGCAAAGAAGUUGGCUCGGCAAUGGCAUCUGAUGUUGUUAAUGGGGGGUCCUCAAUGGAUGAAUUGUCUGAGGAUUCACCUAGAAUGGAUGCAAAGCUUGCAGAAUCUCUUGUUCGCAAGUGGCAGUUCAUUAAGUCGCAGGCCUUAGGACCUGAUCAUUGCCUUGAAAAGUUACCUGAGGUGUUGGAUGGUCAAAUGUUAAAAAUCUGGACCAAUCGCGCGGAUGAAAUUGCUCAUAACGGUUGGUUCUGGGAUUACUCUCUGAUUAGUCUGACCAUCGACAGUGUGACUCUGUCCAUGGAUGGAAGGCGUGCGACGGUGGAGGCUACUCUCGAAGAGUCAGCUUGCCUAACUGAUGUUAAUAAUCCAGAGCGAAAUGACUCAUACAGUAAGAUCUACACUACCAGAUAUGAAAUGUCGCAUGCCAAUUCAGAUUGGAAAAUUACUGAAGGUGCCGUCCUUAAGUCGUAAAUGAUUUUGAGCGGUUUGUGUUGUAAAUGUUUACUGUAGUUUUAAUAUCUUGUUCGUUUGAUUGUCCGCGUAUAAUAGAGGGGCGAGAAUUAGCUCC